AUGAGUCUCAACUUGCCCAAGCAUCACUGGGGCACUCGGGGCAUGGAUGCGUAUGAGAAGCUGGAAUGUAUCGGUGCAGGCACCUACGGCCAAGUGUACAUGGCCAAAGAUAAAGAGACUGGAGAAGUAGUGGCUAUCAAGAAGAUACGGAGUCUCAAUGAAGUUCAGGGCCUACCGGUAACUACAAUUCGUGAGAUUAAAGUGCUCAAGUGUUUGAACCACCCAAACUUAGUCGAGCUCAAAGAAGUGGUCGUGUCAUCAGAGAACGGCGAUGACGACGCUGACUUUGCGGACAAGGAGGAGCCGCUGGACUAUUGUCACGGGUCCAUAUAUCUGGUGUUGGAGUACCUUGAACACGACUUGACAGGUCUUAUUGAUCGACAACACCAAUUUGACGAUACUGAGAUCAAAUGUCUAAUGAAGCAGUUGCUGGACGUCAUGGAGUACAUGCACUCUAUCGAUAUCAUUCACCGAGACAUCAAGUGCUCGAACCUACUGAUGACUCGCGACCAUUUGCUCAAAGUGGCAGACUUUGGUCUGGCGCGUUCCUUGCGUGGAGAUCAGCUUUUCACGAACAAAGUCGUCACACUGUGGUACCGGCCGCCGGAGCUGCUUCUCGGUGCCACAAGCUACGACGCUAGUAUUGAUAUGUGGAGUAUCGGCUGCGUAUUUGCUGAGCUGUAUAUUGGGCAUCCUAUUUUCCAGGGCAAGACGGAGCUCGAGCAAAUUACUAAGAUUUUCGAUAUCUGCGGAACCCCAACAACCGAGUCUUGGCCCGACUACAAGUUCCUGACUCACAGCGGCACAUUUGUCCCAGAGAAACCCAAGCCGAAGCGUCUGCGCGAGUAUUUAAUGCGCGAGGCUACAGCAUGCAAAAGGAUAUUACCUAAGGGUGCUCUCGAGCUGAUUGAGGCCCUCCUUGUACUGGACCCAGAGCAGCGGUUGACAGCCUCCGACUGCCUCCGCGCGCAAUAUUUUAACGUUCGUCCAUAUCCCCCCGACGACCCGAAGAAGCUUCCUCCUAUCACAAACCUUCCACCGUCACACGAGUACCAGACAAAGAAGAUCCGCCGUGAACAGGCAAAGCAGCUGAACGGUGGAGGUACGAACAGUCACAGCAACGCUGGAGCCGGAGGUGGGCGCAGCUCACGCCCGAUCAGUCCAUCAGGAGCGAUUAGUGGAGGUCGGUCAAGGCAGAGCACCGCAAAAGAUGCCGCUGAGGUGUGCGUGAAAACAGAGUUCAAGAAUAAAGAAGACUCAUCGUCCUCGGCCAAAAAGAAGCGACGUGUAGCUUAA